UUUUUUUCCAUGAGCUCGAUAGAUCUCUACCAGAAUUUUCUGAAAUUCUCAGCUCACCUAACAGUGCUCCCAUGCCAACCACAGACUCACAUCUCACAUUUAUGGCCAUGCCCCCCUGUCUCCUCACUCAUGUCCUCACCAUUAAAUGUUCAGGCUCACAGCAACAAUGUCAUGCAGCUUCACUGUAACCAUGAAGAAGUCUCUUCCACCAGUUCAACCACAGAGCUCAGACAGUGAUUCUGAUGGUGUUGAUCAAGUUUACAACCAAAGCAUCAUAGUUCCUCCCACAGCCAUAUCAAUAGCCGAUGGCUUCGAAAAGAAUGAUCACUCAUGGUUUGUCAAUUCCCCAAUCCCGACGGAUCUAUCAAUUCAAGUUCAAGACAUCACCUUUACUGUUCACAAGUAUCCCUUGGUAUCAAAAAGUAGCUACAUAGGCCGCUUGGAAAUUCAGCCUUCAAUUUCAAAUUUUGGGUACGAGCUCAAGCUUGAAAACUUCCCAGGUGGACCAGAAGCAUUUGAAAUCAUUCUAAAGUUCUGUUAUGGUCUUACACUAGACUUAAACCCUAGCAACAUUGCUCCACUAAGAUGUGCAUCAGAAUUCCUAGAAAUGAGUGAAGAACUUGAUGAUGGAAAUCUCAUCUCAAAGACAGAAGCUUUCCUCACAUUUGUAGUCCUCUCAUCAUGGAAAGACACCAUAACUGUUCUCAAAUCCUGCGAAACUUUAUCUCCAUGGGCAGAAAAUCUCCAGAUAGUUAGAAGAUGUUGUGACUCAAUAGCAUGGAAGGCUUCUAGAGACAAUUCAACAAUAGGAGAAAUGGUUAAUGACGAAGGAUGUUGGUUUGAUGAUGUGGCUUCCCUUCGAAUUGAUCAUUUCAUGAGAAUUAUAACUGCAAUAGGGGCAAGGGGAACAAAACCAGAGAUCAUAGGUAAAUGUAUAAUGCAAUAUGCAGAAAGAUGGCUGCCAGGCAUGGAUGUGGAAUUAGAAGGUCCAAGGGGGUAUGGAUAUGGAAGGAAUGAACUGCAGUUCAGUAUUUUGAUUGGAAGGAAGGAAGAUGAGGGUAUUGAGCAUAGCCAGGAGCAAAAAUCUAUUAUUGAAAGCCUAGUAAGCAUACUUCCAACUCAACCAGGAGCUGUCCCAUGUAAGUUUUUACUGAAGAUGUUGAAAAUGGCAAUGGUUUACUCUGCAUCCCAAGCUUUGAUCUCAGAGCUUGAGAAAAGAGUGGGGAUGAUGUUGGAGAAUGCCAAUGUCAAUGAUCUUUUGAUUCCUAAUUAUAAAAGGGAAGAUCAGGGGAAAUUUGUGAACUCACUUGAACAACGAACAAUGCACGACAUAGAAGUGAUACAAAGAAUCGUUGAAUAUUUUCUGAUGCAUGAACAAGAGCAGCAACAACUGCCACAGACAACAGGGAAAUCAAGUGUUUGUAAGCUUUUGGACAGUUAUCUAACUGAGGUUGCAAAGGACCCUAAUCUCUCCAUUACCAAGUUUCAAGUUUUGGCUGAAGCCCUGCCAGAAAAAGCUCGGACAUGUGAUGACGGUCUUUAUGGAGCCAUUGACACCUAUCUCAAGGCUCAUCCUUUGCUCUCUGAGCAUGACCGAAAAAGGCUAUGCAGAAUAAUGAACUGCGGGAAGUUAUCACUUGAUGCGUGCUCGCAUGCAGCACAAAAUGAUAGGUUGCCUCUACGAACAGUUAUUCAGGUGUUGUUCUGUGAGCAAAUAAAAAUAAGGGCAGCAAUGCAAGGAAAAGAGCCAGUAGCAAGUGGUAACAGCUCAGAACAAGAAAUAACUCAAACAUCAACAAAAACUGAGAUCACGACCCUAAGAGCAGAACUAGAGAACGUAAAGACACAAAUGACAGAGCUGCAGAGGGACUAUUUUGAACUGCAACAUGAAUACGGAAGGAAAAACAACAAGCAUAUGAAUAGAUCGGCCUGGAAUUUUGGUUGGACAAAGAUCAGAACAUCAGCUCUUUUCCAUAGAAAAUCAGAGGGGAAUUUAAGUGGACAAGUACUUAAGAUACCCAAUUCACUUGGCCACAAAAUGAAUUUCAGAAGAAGACUAUCCAUGUCAUGAUUUUAUAUGAAUUACAUGUUUUCUUAAGGAAAGUUCACUUGUAAAUAAAAAGGGCUUGGUGCA